GCCUAAUCCAAUUUCAGAAAAAAGGACAUAACUCUCUUCUUCCACUUUGUCAUUUCAAAGAAAUAAACAAUUCUUAGCAGUGUGAAGAAAAUGGACACAAUGGAGAGUACCCAGAAUACCAAGGAUCAGGAGAUUCCAGCAGUAAAGAAAGUGAAUGCACUGGAGCUUCCUGGAUACAGGCAUGUGGCUCUAAAUUAUUACUUGUGUUUCUUCCUGGGCCACAUUCAUCCGGACCAUUGCAAAGGACUGAUCUCACUGUACCACUACAUCCUACGGUUGGACUAUGAAGCACGGCUGACAAGAGCCUUUCCAUACCGUUUGAGAGACCGUGAACAACUCAGGAAAAGAAAGCUGGAAGCACAAGAGCAGAAAAGCUCACAGUGGGUGUUUAAGGAGAAAUCAAAGACAAAAAGAGGAAGAAAGGGAAAAGCCAGUGGAACAAGCAAUAAGCUUACCAAGAAGCCUGAGCCUGAGCCGGAGCCGGAGCCGGAGCCGGAGUCUCGUCCUGCACCUGAGCCUGUACCUUGCCCAGAACCACAGCCUUUGCAAGAACAAAAAGAGGAAGCCAAAGACAAAGCAGCACAAUUGAGUCCUCAAUGGGAGAAGCCUGCACCAUUGCAGGAAAGUCCAAACCUUUCAAUAACUGGGGAUCCUGCUACUACAGAUGAGCUUGGAGAAAUAAAGUUGGCCUGUGUGAAGACACCAGAUAGUUUGCCACUGCAAGCAGAAGAUGUGCCUGGGGGAAAUGCCCCAUUUGAAGAACAAGUAGUUUUGACCAUGUAAAAACAUCAACACAUCUGAAUUUCAUAGAUUUUUUUGAGUUUUAUCUGACAAUUGUUAUUACACAGGGGAGAUAACAAUAGCACUCUUGUCACCAGAGGCCAAAGUACUCAUUAUAGAAGACGCAGACUUACAUCCUGUCACAAUACAGUUUGAUACAUCAAGGGUUCAAUGGCAGUUGACACCUUUCUUUAAUGUGCCACGUUCUGGCAGGAUGUGAAACUAAAUCUCUAUGGUCUCCUGUUCAUUUAUGAUACAUAGUGCAGGGAAACACAAAAAAUAGAAGGACAGCAUUCUUAAAGAGAACUGACCCUACAGACAGCAAAAUUACACAGGGUACCAUAUAUUACAGAAACAGGGCAUUCAACCAAACUAGUCCAUGCUGGUAUUCAUGCUCUGUGCAAAGCUGCAUCAUAGGAACACAGAAUUAGGUGCAGCCAUUUAGUCCCCUGUGACUGGUUGGCCUUUCAAUAAGGUCAUGGUUAAGCAAAAGAAUUUUUUUUUCAUAAAAAUCAAAUUUACUACAAAUUUAUGAAUACAUAAAUAUUUAAACAAUAAUACUGGCUAAUGUCUAAAUAAAUAUACAUUUAAAUUUUGUAACUGUGACACAUUUACAUCUGAUCCAUAUGACAGUAAUUAGCCAAGUCUAAAUUGCUGUGAUUUAAUGUCUUUGUUAAACUCUUUUCAAUCUUUUUAUUAAUAAGCAAAAGAAUUUGAAUCAAUAGUAAAUCACAUGUUCCUUGACUAUGCUCUGCCUUCAAUAAGGUCUUGACUGAUUAUAUUGCCUCUAUUUUCUUCUGGGGCCUGCUAUCCUCUGAUUCCCUCUGUAUCCAAAAAUCUAACGGUCUCCACCUUAAAUAUAUUCAAUGAUCGAACAGCCAGAGCUCUCAUCAGCUCAGUUCCAAACGGCUGACCUCUAAUCCUGAGACUAUGUACUUUAGUCUUAGUCUCCAGCUGGAGGAAACAGCCUCCCAGCAUUUCCCUAUCAAUUCCUUUCAGAGAAGAUCAUUUCUUAUUCUUUUAAAAUGCACUGAAUAUAGGCCAAACUUAUUCAAUCUCAGUUCAUGUGGCAACUCUUUCAUCCUUGGAAUGAAUCUAAUGAAUCUAUACUGCACUGACCCCAAAACAAUCGCAUUGUUCUUUACCUACAGAGACCAAAAUUCCACAUUACUCCAAAUGAGCUUUCACCAAAUUCCUGUAUAAUCUCAGUAAAAUGUUUUUACUCUUAUUAUCCAACUUGUUUGCAACAAAGUCCACCAUUGCAGAUGAAUCAAAAAUUGGUGGUGUUGUUGAUAGUGAGGAGGAUAGUCUUAGGUUAGAGAAUGAUAUAGAUUAGCUGGUAAUAAUCAAUACAGCUAAUUGAUGGUAUUGAUUAUUGCCAUCAAUUAAUAAUCAAUAUUAUUAAUUUGGAGCAACGUCAGGUGGAAUUUAAUCUUGAUAAAUGUGAAGUGAUGCAUUUUGGAAGUCUAAUAAGGUUAGGACAUACACCAUGAAUGCCAGAGCCUGAGGGAGUAUUGACAAACAGAGAGACCUUGGUGUAUAACUCCAUAGAUCCCUAAAGGUGGCAGCAUGGGUAGAUAGGAGGGACAAAGAAGGCAUACAGAAUGCUAGCCUUCAUUAACUGGGGCAUAGAAUAUGAGAGGAUGGAGGUCACAGUACAACUUUAUAAAACAUUGGUUAGACCACAGCUGAAGUAUUGUGUUCAGUUCUGGUUGCCAAACUAUAGAACGGAUGCGGUUGCUCUGGAAAAGGUGCAAAGCAGAUUUAUUCAUAUGUUGCCUGGUAUGGAACACUUCAGUUAUGAGGAGAGACUGGAUAGGCUGGGUUUGUUUUCCUUUGUAGAGGAGGCUAGGGGUGACUUCCUAGAAGUAUACAAAAUUAUGAGAGGCAUAUAUAGGGCUAACAGUGGGAAUUUUUCCCAUAUCAGAGAUAUUGAAAAAAAAAAUCACCUAGGGGAUGAUUAAGAAGGUGGUGAAGGCACAUAUACUCACAACAUUCACAAAGUAUCUGGACAAGCACUUGAAUCACCGAGGCAUAGAUGGCUAUGGACUAAGUGCUGGCAAAUAGUAUAAGUAUAGAUGUGUACUUGAUGGUCAGCAUGGACAUUGUUGGCCAAAGAGCCUGUUUCUAUGCUGUAUAACUCUCUAUGACUGUUUGCCUUCUUACUUGCUUCCUAUGUUUCAUGAAUCUAUCCUCAAAGACGGGGUUACGGAAUACCUAGAGGCGCAGGGCAGGAUAGGUCCUAGCCAACAUGGUUUUGUGAAGGGAAGAUCCUGCCUGACCAACCUAUUGGAGUUUUUUGAAGAAAUCACAGGUAAGGUGGAUAAGGGAGAGGCGGUAGAUGUUGUGUAUUUAGACUUUCAAAAGGCCUUUGAUAAGGUGCCUCACAAGAGACUGAUUAAUAAGAUGAGAGGUCAUGGAAUUACGGGUAGGAUAACAGAAUGGGUGGAGCAUUGGCUGGUUGACAGGAAGCAAAGAGUGGAAAUAAAAGGAUCUCGUUCUGGUUGGUUACCGGUUACUAGUGGUGUGCCGCAGGGGUCGGUGUUGGGACCGCUCCUUUUUACCUUGUACAUUAACGAUUUGGAUGAUGGAAUAAAUGGUUUCGUGGCUAAGUUUGCGGAUGACACCAAGACAGGGGGAGGAGUAGGGAGUAUUGAAGAGAUAGGAAGGUUGCAGAGGGACCUAGACAGUUUAGGAGAAUGGGCAAGGAAAUGGCAGAUGAGAUUCAAUGUAGGGAAAUGUGCAGUUGUACACUUUAGAAGCAGAAAUAAGCGGGCAGAUUAUUAUCUAGGAGGAGAGAAAAUCCAAAGCACGGGAGUACAAAGGGACUUGGGGGUACUCGUGCAGAAUACCUUAAAGGUUAACCACCAGGUCGGAUCGGUGGUAAAGAAAGUGAAUGCUAUGUUGGCAGUCAUUUCAAAAGGUAUAGUGUAUAAAAGUAAGGAAGUGUUGAUGAGGCUCUACGGGGCACUAGUGAGGCCUCAUUUGGAAUAUUGUGCGCAGUUUUGGGCCCCACAUCUUAGGAAGGCUGUGUUGACAUUGGAGAGGGUUCAGAGGAGAUUUACGAGGAUGAUUCCAGGAAUGAAAGGGCUUACAUAUGAGGAGCGUUUUUUGGCUCUUGGACUGUACUCAUUGGAGUACAGAAGAAUGAGAGGGGACCUCAUAGCAACAUUUAAAAUAUUGAUAGGAAAGGACAGAGUAAAUGUGGCUAGGCUGUUUCCCUUGGUGGGUGAGUCCAGGACCAGAGGGCACAAUCUUAGAAUUAGAAGGUACAGUUUCAAGACAGAGAUGAGGAAAAAUUUCUUUAGCCAGAGGGUGGUGAAUUUGUGGAACUCCUUGCCACGUACAGCAGUGGAGGCCGGAUCAGUGGGGGUGUUCAAGGAGGAGAUAGAUAGAUAUCUAAAUAGUCAGGAUAUCAAGGGAUAUGGGGAUAAGGCCAGUAAUUGGGAUUAGAAUAGUUUUUUUUUCUUCUUCUUCUUCCCCCAUUCCCCAUUUCUCAUUUCUAUUUCCCUUUCCUUGGAGCACACUCAAUGGGCCGAAUGGCCUGCUUCUGCUCCCUUGUCUUGUGAUCUUGUGAUCUCAAGAUCUAUCCUUACACCAAAAUUUAUUAGUUUCUCCUGGAUAGGGUAAGGCAUCAGAAAUCUAUAAUGACCUCAACACUUUCCCCUGGAGUCUAACAAUCAAUCACAAUGUUCAAUAUUCCUAUGACUGAGUAUCCAAAGAUCACAGUUGAUCUAACUCCAUAUACCUGACUUUGCCCCAUUUCUCUAAUAUUGUGUUUAGCAGAACUAACUCAUGCUUGUUUAAUGUUAUAUUUCAGAAUAUCCCUGUAUUCAUUCCUCCCCCAUGUGUUUAUUUAACUGUCAACUGAUACAUUUCUUCUGUUCAUCUUAACUACUCCAUGUGAUAGUGAGUUUCACAUUCUCACCAGUCUCUGAAAAAAGGAGUUUCUUUUGAAUUCCCCACUGGAUAUAUUAGUGAAAAGGAAAAGUGGAUAACAAAUGCAGUCAACUCCACUUUACACAUCAUUUUUUCCCCCAAGUACUUGUCAGCCUGCCUCUACCUGUUGGGAAAAUUCACAUGACACUUAGCAUGACACACUUUGAAAUGAUACAAUUCAACUACCUAGACAGACUCCAAUUACAAAGCUGCAAAAGCAGAGCAAAAUUCUCACUGUGAUGUCAUUAUCAAAAAAUGUAGUACAGAAAUUCAACCAUCCUAUUAGCAAUUGUAAGUGUCUCCCCAUAGUAAUGUGCAGGAUUGACAACACCUGUUCGACAAAGAUUCAGUGUUAUCUUUGUAAAUGUUACAAGGCAUUUCCCAUUGAAAUAGUUCACUUUUAUCAAAUGUGUUAUGUUCUUGAUAUGACUUUAGGACAAUGUGAUAUUUUUAUACUGUGUAGUGGAUGGAGAAAAAAGAAAAAAUAAUUUUAAAAGAAUGUGAAAAUAAAGAAAUUAUUUACCCCUGUAUUUCAAUAGAUUGUUCAAAGAUUAUCCCAGAGCAAAACCUAAUAAUUAGGCUUUACUUAAUGAAGUGAUAGCCACUUUCCUUUCCAAUCGUGGGUAGAUGUAUUUACUGGUGAUAUAAAUGAUAUAUUCUAUGCCAGUAAACGGAAGCCUUUUGUUGCAGCCAUAUUGUACAACAGCUGCAAAGUGAAUGCACAUUUAUCCAUAAAGCAUAGAACCAAAAAUCAUAAAUGACAUCACCUUUACCUUACAUAAGUUCAAACAAUUCAAAGCUUUAUGACUAAAUUUAGCAUACUUUAAUUAAGCCUGCCUUUCCAUUGAUUUGUUUAAUAUUUACGUUUAGUCCAAGGGUGUGAAUUACAUUACUAGAUAAACUGCAACCUUGCAGUUACAGAGCCUUACAAGAUAAAGGAGGUGAAAUAAAAAAAAGAAAACGCUGGAAAUACUCAGAAGGUCAACCAGCCUCUGUGGUACAGAGUUAACAUAUCAGCUUGAUAACUCUGGAUCAGAACAGGUAAAAGUUAAGACCUAAAGUAAUUGAAGGAAGGAAACGAGGAAAGGGAAAGAAAUAAGAAGGGGUCUGUGAUGGAUUGCAUGGCAGGAGAGACUAGAUGAGCAAAGGGACAAUAGGACAAGGAAAAAGGCAGACAGAAUGAAAUAAAAUAUAUGGUUAUUGGAAAUGUAAUUGGUUAUAGCAGAUGCAGUCAAAUAAAAUGGGAACAAUGGUUAUCAAGUAAAAUUGAUGAACCCAAAAUUGGACCACACUGUCCAGAUGAUUACCAAUGGUUCUAAUCAGAAUUGUUGGCAUUCAGCCAUCGAAACCAAAGUAACCCUUGGACUUCUGUGCAUGUGCUAUGAAACACAAAUGUCUGGAACUUCUUUACAGACUUGAAAGGCCAUAUCUGUUAGUUCACUCCACUGCUGGACUCCACAUGGAGUCACUGAGCAAUUGUUUCUUGGAUCCUGCACAAAGUCAGACCAGGAGCAGGGAUCUGAGAUAUCAUUGCAAUGGGAACUGUAUGGCGUUGAAUUGAGAGGCAACAGCUCUUUUUAUACAUUACUUUAAGAAUGUUUUCAAUUAUUUAUGUGUUUAGAUGUGUUUUUACUUAACAAUCUCUCAUCUUUUUUUUGUAAUUAUCUACUUCAGUUUUAAUAGUCAGAUACACAUGUUCCAAAAAUAUUAAAACUAAUUACGAUGUUUAGAGCCAGCAAAGCCUUGCCCCUAGCUUAGCUGUCUGCCAAGAGCUACACAGACUACUUUGGGGGUGGGGACUUGCUUUCAUUGGAUGGGGCAUUGAUUGGAAAAGUUGGGACGUCAUCUUACAGCUGUAUAAGACGUUGGUGAGACUUCACCUGGAACAUUGUGUGCAGUUCUGGUCAUCAUACCACAGGAAGGAUGUGAUUAAACUAGAGAGGGUGCAGAAAAGAUUCACAAGAAUGUUGCCGGGUCUGGAGGGCUUGAGUUAUAAGGAGAGAAUGUACGGGCUGGGAUUGUUUUCCUUGGGGCAAAGGAGGCUGAGAAGUGACCUUAUGGUAGUUUAUAAAAUCAUGAGGGGAAUAAAUAAGAUGGACUGGAGCAGUCUUUUUCCCAGGGUAGGGGAAGCUGAAACUAGAGAGUAUAGGUUCAAGGGUUAAAGGGGACCUUGCCAAGAUUUAAAGGGGACCUGAGGGGCAACCUUUUCACAAAGGAGGUGGCGGGUAUAUGGAACAAGCUGCCAGAGGAAUUGGCAGAAGUGGGUACAAUUACAAAGUUUAAAAGAUAUUUGGACAGGUUCAUGGAUAGGUUUAGAGGGAGAUGGGCCAAAAGCAGGCAAAUGGGACUAGCUCAUGAAGAAAUGUUUGUCGGCAUGGAUAAGUUGAGCCAAAGGGCCUGUUUCUGUACUGUGCUAUGACUCUAUGACUGUUAUAGCAGUAGGCUAUCCAAUCUUCAAAGCCUGAUUCAACAGUCAAUUAGACCAUAGGUGAUCAAUAUCUUAAAUGCAUUAACACUAUUGUUCUCCAAUCUUUAUCACUCCAUGCCUAACAAAGAAUUAUCAGUCUAAACAUUGAAAUUUUCAAUUGACUCACCAUCUCAAAAGCAUUUUGUAGGGCUGCUCUUGAUUUCCACUACCCUCUGUGUGAAGAAGUGUUUCCUGACACCACUCCUGAAUCAUCUGGGUCUAAAGUUCUCUGUCAGAGGAUAUGGAUUCCUUCUAAUCUAUCUUUACAACUUUUUUGAUCAUCUUGAACACCUUAAUUAUGAGAAAGGAUGAACUUUCAAAUGUUUGUAUUCUCCUAAUAUAAUCGCUGUGCAUUGUAAAGAGUUUGCGGCAGGUGUACAGGGGUGUUAAUUGCACAUAAAAAAAUGUUAACAGUUGCCAUAUGGCUCUUGCUGUUAUCACACAUGAAGCGCUGCAUAAUGCUCUCCUGUUGCCAGAGCAACAGGAGACAAUCUUUAUCAGUAUUUCAAAGGGAGGAUCCUAUUGCACACAAAAUUUGAAAGUUUACAGUACAUUAUUUUUGUUCUUAAAUUGUACCACUCAGUUUGCGCAAGAAGUUCACAAGCAACUUCCAAACCACAAAAUUCAGCGGACAAAAAACAUUAAAAGUUGGCAGAUCAAAUGAAAACAGUUAUUGUAACAGUGUUGCAUAGAAAUGUGAAUCUCAUUUGUUCUGUUAAAAUGCAACUUUGAAUUCCAAAGAUGAAUUGAAUCUAAUGAGAUAAGAUUAAUAUUAGGACAUACAUCCAAAGCACUGGACACAAUGAAUGGUGAAUGCCAGAGGCUUUAUAUAUGCCGUUUCAAAUCACAGCUCUCAGUUUGGCUUCCCGUAUACACUGGAUCUUUCCUUUUUGUAGGAGACUCUUUCAAAGCUAGGUCUAAUUGCCACUGAUCUUCCCUCUCUGGAUGGUUUCCAAUGCAAGCAACUUACCCAUUGUGACUCUCAACUUUUCUUCGCUGCACCUUGGUUGCACCUUGGCUGAUGUGCACUGAACCAACAUCAGUAUGACCAUGCCUGAGGCAACGUCAUGCAUGAUAUCUUCAAUUUCUUUAAAUCAUCUCAACAUAUGAACACAAUCCUCCUUCAAGGCCUGGUUCUGUAGCUCCAUGAACGGCAGAAGAGCCAUGUAUGCUACACUCAGUUCCAAAACCUGUCCAGCCUUUUCCACUACAGCAGCAGCAUCCAACUUGAAUGGAAUAGCUUUGCUACAACAACUUGUGUGGAAUUUCUCACAUGCUGUUUUCCUAGUGAUUCAAGCAAUGGUACAACUGUUGUCCUAGUGCACCUGUCUUGUAUCAUCUAAAUAAGGUACAGGAUCCACUUCCAAACUGAUUGCUUCUGAAGAUUGUGAAUACUCCAUUGGGCAGAAGAAGCAAUAUCACCGUCUCCACUAUGAGCUUGACUCAAACUAUUCAUCAAGGACUCUUUGCUCCUGCAGGACAUUCACAUCUUUAGCUUCAUUGAAGUUGUACUCUGUAACCUCUCUUUUUCACUUGAUGGCAGUCAACACAAAUAAUUCCACCAUGGACACCUUCUACCCUAGCAUCUCACUGUCAUUGUAGUGCAAUAUAAGCUUUACUUGCUACCCUGCAGUCAAGUAGACACCUGCACAGCUAUUUCUAUGGAUGUUGAAACACAACAAAUCCCCAGGUUUCAAAAAACAUUUAUAAAUCUGUUUCAGAUUUCCAGCAUCACAUGACUCUUUUGAUUUUCCACCAGGUACAUUCUUCAUUGAUAUUUCUACAUCAUAUCUGGGACCAUCACCUUUUCAUGUACUGUACUGCAAUUCCUCUGUAGCUCCACAUUUCUUGUAAUCUCUUGCAUACGCAGUCUUUGCAUGCAUUUACCUAAUGUCUGACUUUACUCAUCUGGAGAAAAUUUCCCAUACAUUCAUUUUUCUUGUCUUAUGGCCCAAGCCUCACAUUUCAGGUGAGGCAUUUUCAGGUGAGCUCUCCUCAAAUUCCAUUUGUAAUGCUGUCUGUGUAUCACAAGUCAUAUUGCGACCACUGUUGUGCUUUUAUGUUGAUCAUGGCAAGUCUUCACCAUAUGCUCUUUGCAUGCUUCCUUCUGUCACCUUUCCAGAGAGUGAAGAAGGGUCCACCAAUCUUUCAUUCUCCAGGACUAUGGAAUUAACCCUGCAGCUAGUAGUCUUAGUGUGGCUGUGUCUGCGAGCUCAAGACUUCAUGGCAUCUCUUGAGUCACCAUCAAGUGUUCUUCUUGGAUAUGACAAUGCAUCCUUCAGCUUGAUUGGAGCCAGGAAUUUGUCAUUGACUACCACUGCAAUUCUUUAAAACUUACAGUCCCUCAACUCAAGUGACUUAAUUCAAUCAACACCCAACAGGAACAUGGCUCAGGCCCAUCACCAUGAUAAGUAACUGGAACCAUCUGAUUCCAAUGAAAUCCCAGAAGUCUAUCUCCCCAGAACCCAGAGAGUCUCUUCAGCAUAAGUGCACGACACCAGCUUAUUCUUCCUCAAAACAAAAAUGCUUAAGCUAUUUUUGGUACCCACUUUGCCUAAAACUGACUGGCUUGCAGUAAUAUAAGAACGUAAGAAAAUAGGACUAGGAGUAGAGCACUUUGCCUCUCAAGCUGGUCCCCCCAUUCAAUUUGAACUUGGCUCAUCUGAUCUUGGCCUCGUGUCCUCUUCAUGCCAAUUCCCAAGAGCUGUCAAUUCCUAAUCUUCCAAGAUUUUAUUUACUUUCUAAUACCCCCUAUGACCUAAUCUCCACAAUCCUCCAGUACAGAGAAUUCCAGAGAUUCACCACCCCCCUGUGAGAAGUUCCUAUGCACUUUAGUUUUAAAUGACUGCCCUCAAAUCUUAUAACUAACUAUGUCCCUUCAUUCAAGAUUACCACUAGUGGAAACAUCACAACUUCUACCCUGUCAUGCUCCCUCAGGAUCUUAUGUUUCAAUAAGAUCACCCCUCAUUCUUCUAAACUCCAAAGAACAUAAAUCUAACUUAGAGCAUAGAACAGCAGCACAGAACAGACCCUUCGGCCCACCAUGUUGUGCCAAAGAGUAGGCCUUCUGCCCUUCAAGGCUGCUCCUCCAAUCAACAUGAUCAUGGCUGAUCCUAAAUCUGAGCAUAUUUCAGCUCUCUCUGCCUUCAUCUUGUCUGGAAAUUGACCCCUCCUUUGGCGGCACAGUGGUGCAGCUAGUAGAGACAUUGCCUCACAAUGCCAGAGGCCCAGGUUCAUUUUCUUUAGCUGCUCGUGAAAGGACAACACCCUCCCCCCCCCAGCAAUUAUCCCAGUGUAUCUCUUUUGAACAGCCUCCAAUGCCAGUGUAUCCUUCCUUAAAUAAGGAGACCAAAGCUGUGUACAGUACUGCAGGUGUGGCCUUAACAAUACCCUUUACAAUUUUAGCAAUAUUUCCCUAUUUCAAAACUCCCUCUUCCAAUAUGCUCUUUUGCCUUCCUAAUCAGUCAUUGCACAUGCCUGCUAACUUUUUGUGAUUCACGCACAAGAGCAUUUAGAUUACUCUGUACUUCACUAAUCUACAAUCUUUCUCCAUGUAGAUAAGAGUCUGCCUUUAGAUUCCUCAUAGUGCACAACCUCAUGCAUUCCCACAUUAUACUCCAUUUGCCAAGUUUUGCCCACUCAUUCAACUUAUCUAUAUCCUGUUGGAGGGACCAAAUAUUCUCAUUGCAACAUGCUGUCCCACUGACUUUUGCGCCACUUGCAAACAUGGACACCUUACUCUCUGCCCCCUCCUCCAGAUAGUUAAUAUGAAUCAUAAAUAAUUGAGGGCCAAGAACUGCUCCUUGGGGCACUCCACUAGUUACAUUCUCUCAGCAUUAAAUAAAAAUGUGUAUUCCAACUUUCUGUCUUCUAUGUGAUAACCACGCUGGUCAAUAUGUUUUCAAUUGAUAAGAAAGCUACUAAUGCAUUGUUCAUAACUCCCUCUUAAGGACAGCUUCUACCCCACUGUGAUAAGACUAUUGAACGGUUCCUUUAUACAAUGAGAUGGACUAUGACCUCACGAUCUACCUUGUUGUGACCUUGCACCUUAUUGCAUUGCACCUUCUCUGUAGCUGUGACACUUUACUCUGUACUGUCACUGUUUUUACCUGUACUACAUCAAUACACUCUGUACUAUCUCAAUGUAACUGCACUGUGUAAUAAUUGACCUGUACGAUCGGUUUGUAAGACAAGCUUUUCACUGUACCUCGGUACGUGACAAUAAUAAACCAAUACCAAUACCUCUGCAAGUGUAGA